UCACAAGCCACGGGCUUAGUUGUGAAGUAUGUAAGUUCAAAGUUCAUAAGAGAUGCGCCGCAAAGGCAAUUAACAACUGCAAAUGGACCACGCUCGCUUCUAUUGGAAAAGAAAACAUAAUUGAAGACAGCGAUGGGACCAUUCUAAUGCCACAUCAAUGGUUGGAAGGAAACUUACCGGUCGCUUCGAAAUGCAUAAUCUGCGAUAAAACUUGUGGAUCAGUUUUAAGGCUUCAAGAUUGGCGAUGUUUGUGGUGUCGCGCUACCGUUCAUACACAAUGCAGGCCACAUUUAGCCAAAGCUUGUCCUCUGGGACCAGCUAGGGUAAGUGUGCUGCCCCCAACAGCUUUACACUCGGUAUCCGAUGAAGCUUGGGAAGCCGUCAGGCCUCAAGCUUCUUCUCCAUUAUUGGUCUUCGUUAAUUCCAAAUCAGGUGAUAAUCAAGGGGUAAAAUUUUUAAGACGCUUUAAACAAUUGCUGAAUCCAGCGCAAGUGUUCGACCUGAUUUCAACUGGUCCCAGGCUAGGAUUAAGGCUCUUUAGGCACUUCGAUCCAUUCCGUAUAUUAGUUUGUAGUGGCGAUGGGUCCGUAGGGUGGGUUUUGUCCGAAAUCGACAAACUCGACAUGCAUAAACAGUGCCAAGUUGCAGUUCUUCCACUAGGAACGGGGAACGAUUUGGCUAGAGUGUUGGGAUGGGGUGCAUCUUGCGACGACGACACCCAUUUACCACAGUUGUUAGAGAAAUACGAACGGGCUAGUACCAAGAUGUUGGACAGAUGGAGUAUAAUGACAUUUGAACGUACAAUCGCUAUUCCAAAGUUAUCGUUGGAUACCACCCAACCUGAAGGUCAGUUACACAGCCAGAUAUGUCAGUACGAAGAAUCGCUGAUAAAUCAUUUACAAAACAUUCUUCAAUCGGACGAGACAUCGGUUGUCCUGAAUUCGGCGAAGAGAUUGUGCGAGACCGUUAAGGAUUUCGCGACGCAGGUGACUGAGAGUGGCCUGGCGCGAACGGACGACUCCCUCGGAAAGAAGUGCGAAGUUCUCCAGCACAAAUUGGAACUGCUUAUGCACACUCUAACAAGUGAGCAACUUGAUCUGGAUAAAUUUGUCGCUUCUUGUGAAGAUGCGACGGCGAAAUGUAAUAAGGAUGACACCGAGAGCGAGGCGUCUUAUGAUAAGAGCAAAGUUGAGAAAGAAUUGAGCAAUUUCAAUUUCCGACGGCACAGUUGCAAACAAGGAAUAGAAAUAACUGAGAAAAAACAGUGCCAAGUUGCAGUUCUUCCACUAGGAACGGGGAACGAUUUGGCUAGAGUGUUGGGAUGGGGUGCAUCUUGCGACGACGACACCCAUUUACCACAGUUGUUAGAGAAAUACGAACGGGCUAGUACCAAGAUGUUGGACAGAUGGAGUAUAAUGACAUUUGAACGUACAAUCGCUAUUCCAAAGUUAUCGUUGGAUACCACCCAACCUGAAGGUCAGUUACACAGCCAGAUAUGUCAGUACGAAGAAUCGCUGAUAAAUCAUUUACAAAACAUUCUUCAAUCGGACGAGACAUCGGUUGUCCUGAAUUCGGCGAAGAGAUUGUGCGAGACCGUUAAGGAUUUCGCGACGCAGGUGACUGAGAGUGGCCUGGCGCGAACGGACGACUCCCUCGGAAAGAAGUGCGAAGUUCUCCAGCACAAAUUGGAACUGCUUAUGCACACUCUAACAAGUGAGCAACUUGAUCUGGAUAAAUUUGUCGCUUCUUGUGAAGAUGCGACGGCGAAAUGUAAUAAGGAUGACACCGAGAGCGAGGCGUCUUAUGAUAAGAGCAAAGUUGAGAAAGAAUUGAGCAAUUUCAAUUUCCGACGGCACAGGAGGACGUCGAGAUUUAUGGAGCGGGAAAAAGACGCUUUAAUGGUCCGAGCGAAUAGUCUCAAGAGGGCGAUACGCAGCCUGGUGGAACACACCGAACAAGUGGUGGACGAGCAAAACAGACAAUCAACGACCACCGUUCCCACGGUGAAAAUUUCAUUACUCGGCUCGUCCAGCAUUGACAGGACCACAACGAAAAACAUUCCAGAUGUUCUUUAUGCAAACGCGCCAAAAAAAAAAGGAAUAUUAGGCUUGUAUAUGUCGAGCAAACUUUUAUCGGCAAGCAGCAGCCAGCUGCUUUUCAAAAAACAGUGCCAAGUUGCAGUUCUUCCACUAGGAACGGGGAACGAUUUGGCUAGAGUGUUGGGAUGGGGUGCAUCUUGCGACGACGACACCCAUUUACCACAGUUGUUAGAGAAAUACGAACGGGCUAGUACCAAGAUGUUGGACAGAUGGAGUAUAAUGACAUUUGAACGUACAAUCGCUAUUCCAAAGUUAUCGUUGGAUACCACCCAACCUGAAGGUCAGUUACACAGCCAGAUAUGUCAGUACGAAGAAUCGCUGAUAAAUCAUUUACAAAACAUUCUUCAAUCGGACGAGACAUCGGUUGUCCUGAAUUCGGCGAAGAGAUUGUGCGAGACCGUUAAGGAUUUCGCGACGCAGGUGACUGAGAGUGGCCUGGCGCGAACGGACGACUCCCUCGGAAAGAAGUGCGAAGUUCUCCAGCACAAAUUGGAACUGCUUAUGCACACUCUAACAAGUGAGCAACUUGAUCUGGAUAAAUUUGUCGCUUCUUGUGAAGAUGCGACGGCGAAAUGUAAUAAGGAUGACACCGAGAGCGAGGCGUCUUAUGAUAAGAGCAAAGUUGAGAAAGAAUUGAGCAAUUUCAAUUUCCGACGGCACAGGAGGACGUCGAGAUUUAUGGAGCGGGAAAAAGACGCUUUAAUGGUCCGAGCGAAUAGUCUCAAGAGGGCGAUACGCAGCCUGGUGGAACACACCGAACAAGUGGUGGACGAGCAAAACAGACAAUCAACGACCACCGUUCCCACGGUGAAAAUUUCAUUACUCGGCUCGUCCAGCAUUGACAGGACCACAACGAAAAACAUUCCAGAUGAUCUUUCAGACGGGGACCAUAAAAUGACAUCCCUAAAAGUUUUGCCCACGGUCGAAUCGGGUUCGAGUACUGACAUUAGUCCCUGCCCUUCACCAUCGAGUCAAUCUUCAUCGGUCAUAACCGCUAAGAUUGUCUCCAUAUCUCCCAUGCCAGACGUUAGGAGGGAAUCCACCUGUGAUGAUCCUGUAUUAAUGCAAACGCUGCCGGUUCCUCCAGAUUUCGCAGACAGUAGAAGAGCAAGUCAAGUUCAAAGUACCGGCCUGGAUGAAUCCACAACAAUAGAAACAUUGCUAGCUAGUACGUCAAAAUUGAAAACAAUGGAACAAAAAGGGUCUGGUGAUUCCGAAACCAUCACCAACGAACAAUUGUUUGUACAGCAACGUCGCCGGAGCAGUGCCACGAAGGACACUCAAGACAUUAAAAUAGAGUACAAAGCAACAUGGGAAGAAGAAAAGGAAUGCAGUAGCAUAGCAUCGAACGAAGAAGAAAUGAGUUUUCCAUCGGAAAUAAUAGAACCAAAGUCAUUUUGUCCUAGAAAAGACAGCGAUGGGGAAGACGUCAACGGUCACAUUUAUCAUAUAGACUCUCCAGAAACUGAUACGUAUCCAACGUCGGAAGCUCUCCAUGGAGAAUCGUUGAUGGACGACAUUAGUUCCGUAGGCCAAGAUCUUUACGGUUUCGAUCAAGACAGCAUAGAAAAUACAUACAGUGACGACACCACAUUAUUUGCAAGCGAAAUAGGAGAGCCAAAGAAAGACAAAAUUGUUGAAAGGAAAAGAAGUUUCAAGAGAAUACCGAGCGAGAAGAAACGAAGAAGCUCAUGCAGUCGAAUAGAUGAAAUAACACAGUUUGGCUUUGAAAACAAGCUGUUUAUGCAACACAAUAAGAUUUUGGAUAACAGAUUUGACAAAGAGACUGUUAGAUAUUGUAGUCUAGCUCAGUUCGUUGAAGGAAACGAUAUCGCUCGGCGAUCAUUCAAAAGAAGAAACACUUCGAAGAAGGUUGAACUCAUUAUACAACGGCAAAGUACCGUUAUAGAAGAACGUGAACCGAGCAUCAGAGAAUCGAGGUCGAGCUUGAAGGAUUCCAAAACCAGUUUGAAUAAAAUCGAGAAAGAAACCUCCAAUAUAUCUGUGUCUUUCAAAAACCUCAAAGCUGAAUUAGAAGAAAGCCUAUCGUUAGAAGCAAACUCUGGAAAAGCUGCUGCAGAUAACAAAAGUGAAUCUUUUCGUCCUGUUUUCCCUCAAGUGAUUGUGGAACCUCCGUCGCCCAUAAUAGACGAAGAAGCGCGUGGUAAGCGACUGGAAUAUCUGCAAACUGCUGGGGAUUACGAUUCCGAUUCGUGUUACGAAUUACACAUAAAAUCAUCAGAGAAAAAGUCUGGAGACAGUUCCGGCAGUGUAAACAGUUUCGAUUCAAAUUUACAUCCGCCAUUAGAGAAAGACUACAUGCACUUUUUAAGUUGUUCGCCGGCGGCCACGAGACGAAUAUCGUCCUGUAGUUUACUAAACCCGGCAGAAGCAUCGGUACUACAAGCUGCUGCCGCUUCUAAACGUUUAGACGAUAAUAAAGAGAGGAAAAUUGAAAAGGAAAAGAAAAGCCGAAAGCUUCCCAUCAUAAAUCCUCUGGUUAUGCUUCCGACAUGGCCAAACGUCAGUAGUGGAGCCGGGUUUAUCAGCAAAUGUCUUUUAGCGAAUGCAGACACCCUUUGUGCUGCCGUCAGUCCACUGAUGGACCCUGACGAAACACUCUUGGAGGGAUUCUUUGAAAGAUGCGUGAUGAACAAUUACUUUGGAAUUGGAAUCGAUGCCAAAAUAUCGCUCGAUUUUCAUCACAAACGGGAAGAACAUCCGGAAAAGUGCAGAUCGAGGGCGAAAAAUUAUAUGUGGUACGGUGUGUUGGGAAGCAAACAGUGGUUGCAGAAAACUUAUAAGAAUUUAGAACAGAGGGUUCAACUAGAAUGCGAUGGACAAAAGAUUCCUUUGCCGAGUCUUCAAGGAAUUGUGAUACUUAACAUUCCAAGUUUUAUGGGUGGUAUUAACUUUUGGGGAGGUACAAAAGAAGAUGACAUCUUUUUGGCACCGUCGUUUGAUGAUAAGAUUUUAGAAGUUGUUGCUGUUUUUGGUUCGGUCCAAAUGGCAGCAUCCCGACUCAUUAACCUUCAACAUCAUCGAAUUGCUCAAUGUCAAAGCAUUCAGAUAAACAUUUUAGGUGAUGAAGGAGUUCCUAUUCAAGUUGAUGGAGAGGCAUGGAUUCAACCGCCAGGUAUAAUCCGCAUCUUGCAUAAAAAUAGAAUGCAAAUGCUUUGCAGAAACAGAGCUUUGGAAAACUCAUUGAAAACUUGGGAAGAAAAGCAGAGGCAUCAAGAGAAACGCCUUUCAAUAUCCCACGACAAAACGAGAUCAAGUUUGACCAGGCAAAGUAUGCCUAAUCAAGAAAAAUCAUUCCUUACAGUACCUACAGAAAAGAUAAGACAACAUUCCUUCAGUGGAGCAGUUCCCGUUUUAGAAAAGUCACCUUCCAUCAGUUUCGACAGGAUGCCUCCAUCCGCGGCUUCAACAAGAGAACCAGAAUUACUAUUUUCCGAUGAGGAACAUGCUCUACUGUUAGCUUUUAUUGAAUGUGCAACCACCUUGACCAAGUGGAUUAAGAUAUUAGCCAUUAGUUACGACUUAGAAGUCGAUUUGUACAGUUUGGCCAACAAAGCGGAUAAGUGCCUCGAAUGUAUACAUCCUAACGGUAAGCUUCUAGAGGGACCUUCUUUACGAGUAGAAUUUACCAAGCUGGUUAAUACUGUUAAGCACCUUUACGAAGACAGUUGCAAUCUACUUCAUGACAGGGGAGAUAAGCUUAAACUGAGGGACGACAUAGAAAAUAAACUUAGCAUUUCUUUGGCUAAUAUGGAAAUGGAACUACGAAAAUGCUUUACGUACGAAAAUUCAGCUGGGAACUUGGUUUAUCUCCAAUCUACUCAUGACGAUCAGGGUGAACGUAAACGCAAGGGUCUGUUUUGGCUGAAACUACGCACCCGUGGUUCGGUACUGCAUUCCCAACAGCAAGCUAAGGAUGUAGCGUCCUGGGGAACCCAUGAGGUCGCCACGUGGCUUGAAACGUUGCAGCUGUCAGAAUAUAUAGACAGUUUCGUUAAAAACGACAUCAGAGGACGAGAAUUGCUCACUUUAGCACGUCGAGAUCUAAAAGAUCUAGGCGUCACGAAAGUAGGACAUGUGAAAAGAAUCCUGCAAGCCGUUAAGGAUUUAUCUCAAGGGGCUUAAGAUUGACACAGGUGCAGCCUAAUCCAGCAGUAGAAAUUAUAUGGAAUCCUCAUUAUUCACGAUUGCAACGACUGCAUUUUCUGGAGAUUUUUCUCAGCAGAGGUCAACGACGAUUCUAGAGAAAAACAUUUCACCAUCCUCGUCGCGCACAAACUGCUUUAAAUCACCCGUCCUUCCCUCUGGUAAACCUAUCAAAUGGGUUCUCAUGGGAUUGAGAGGAAUAUGUUGGCAUAACAUUUUUCCACAAUUCUCCCUAAAAUAACAGAAAGAUAUACAAAGGUAAGUUACUAAAUUUUGGUUUCUUUAUUCUUGGAAAAUGUAUAUUUUCACACAUUCAGUGACUGUCGAAUUAUCACUUAAUUAGAUAAAUUUAAAUAUUCUUGUAUAUAGUUGAGGCAUUCAAAAUUGGCGUAGUCCGCAAUAGAACUGUUGCAUUUACUUUCUUCUUUCAACUUACUAACUAGACUAGAGCGGUUGCUGACAGAACGCCUACUUUACUCACGACUGGCGUUGUAGGGAAUGUCGUAAACAUAGAAGUGAGAUGCCAAGAAAGAAUUGCAGCGGACGCUAAUGAAAAAAGGAAAUAACACUACACCAAUUGAUGUGUAACAGAAAGAGAUGCAGACA